AAACUUUCAUUUUCGUAAACCGAAAAAUCGGAUUAAAAAACAGGAAAGAAGAAGGGAACGUUGAUCCUCGUUCGAUCCUGUCUUCUCUCUCCGUUUUCCUCCCUUGGGAGUUCGAAUUCUUCUUCUUCUUCUUCUUCUUCUUCUUCCUUUUUCUCUCUCUAUCCCGAGGUCCUCAAUUGUAGUAAAUGACAACUGAUCUCCGGAUACGAACAUAACAUUUUUAUAUAUAGAGAGAAGGAGGGAGAGAGAGAAGGGAGGGGCGAAAGCGAUGAUAACACGAUCGAAUCUGGCGGAACAGCUUAGGGAGUACCAGAUUCGAUCGAAACACGAUUGGGCUUCCGUCUCUUUCUUCUCCUCUACUACUAAGCUCACCUCUUCAAGGGUGGACGUUGUGGUUUUUGUAAUAUGGGAACUCGUCAUAUUAGCUUGCCUUGUUUUCUCGGCUGUUUUGUUGUACUUCAGGCAUAUGAAACUUGCUUUUAUCUUCGUUUGCGUCACCUUCCUUCUGCUUUUAUGCAUGAAAGUUGCGAAGAAAGUAAGACAGGACCGGAAAAAGAAAAGGAGGAUGCUUCUUCCAUUAUCAAUGUAGAGUUCCAUAAAGUUUACAAACUUUUUUCCACUCGACCCCAGCUAUUUAUGUAGAGUGACUGAAUUCUCAACCAUUGCUUUUUCUAUCUUCUUUUUUCAUCUUUUCACCUUUUGUUUGUUUGUUGACAUAUGUAAGUGCAGUUAAAGCAAGCUGAUUACAGAAUAUAAUUGAUGUGGUCUCUUCAACACAAAUU